AUGCCGAGUGCUAGCACCGCUUGGCGGGAAAGCGUCGGCGCUGUCGAUCUCAGCAUCAACGCAGCCAUCAUUCAACGGGAGUACUGGGAUUCAUUCAUCGGCGUCCUAGUGGGUGUGCUGGUAGUUGCGAUAUGCCCCACAGUCCUGGGGAUUGACUCGUUCCGGAGAGGAGUCUUCACUUCGUGGACGAGUGUUGAGCUGGGAUGGAUGGGCUUGUUGUGGGUGUUAUCAUUGGCUGCGGGUGCGGUGGCGAUCAAUGACUGGGGUUCGCAGUGUCGAACCAGAAUAUGCAUUCCUGAAAUGAAUUAUGUCUACUGCUCUGGCCCACCUAUCACCGUUUGUCAGCAGUUCCAAGCUAGUGCCGCGUUUAGCCUCAUGAACUGCAUCAUCCUGUUCAUCCUCUGGUCAUGGACGUUGUACAUCGGUAUCCGAGCGCAGAUGGACGGGGACCCGUUCAUCUGGACAUCAGCCGCACACGAAUACGAGUUCAUGCCGACGUUCCCCGAGGUGAACAUGAAGGCGCAGGUGAUGCUCGAUGGUGAUAUACCGCUAUCGGAUCGGACUGCUUUGCCCACGCCUUCGCCCACCCCGGUCGCACCGCCAGCCGAGCUUGCACUCGCCACGCAAGCGCUGUCGCCCGACGCCCAUGUGGCGUCACCUACGACGGCACCUGCAUCCG